AUGUGCUUUCAUCUAACAUUUCUGCUGGAGAAACAAAUUGUCUGCGUGGCACUCAGGGACUCUAAAAGCAGAAAGCAAGAUGUGCAUGAGCACUCCAACUCCCCUGCAACGCACAGGGACACCGCGGCUCAAUCAGGUCGCCCACGGCCUGAUCCAGCCUCACUCUGGAAGUCUCCGGCAUCAACCACAUCCCUACGCAACCUGCACAGCGCCUCAGCAUCCUCGCCGCAGAGCGACGGCCCCGAGGCCCUCAGGAGCUCGAGGGGCCCCCAGCGCCAACCCCGGCCAGGGAGACGCGAGGGGCCGAGGGCAGCAGCCGCCGUGGGUGGACCCGACCCCUCGCCACGCCUCCCGCGGCCCCGCCACGCCGCCCGCCCCGCCGCCCGCACAGCGCCCGGCCCGCAUCGCCGCGGAGGCCACGGACAGCCGCGGGCCAUGGCAGGUAAAGCCCACAGGUUGAAUGCAGAGGAGAGGGAGCAGCUGCUGCCAAACCUGAGAGCCGUGGGGUGGAACGAGGUGGAAGGAAGAGACGCCAUCUUCAAAGAGUUCCACUUCAAGGACUUCAACCGGGCCUUUGGCUUCAUGACCAGAGUGGCUCUACAAGCAGAAAAACUGGAUCACCACCCUGAAUGGUUCAAUGUGUAUAAUAAGGUUCACAUCACCUUGAGCACCCACGAGUGCACAGGUUUAUCCGAGAGAGACAUCAACUUGGCCAGCUUCAUCGAGCAGGUUGCAGCUUCUCUCUCCUGACCAGAGAGGGAGACGCGUGAAGCCAAAAAUCAGCCCUGCCGCAGCCACGACCCGCACUUCGCCUCCAUGACUGCACCUCACAUUUUCUCCUGUUUCCCAACCAGUGCCCAGACCCAGACUGCCUAAGACUGCACCAGGCUCCCUGCCCCAGCUUGGCAUUUCAGACAGAUGGGGGCAUCCAGCAAGCCUUUACUCCUGUGCAUAUACUUCUCUCUCAUCUUGCCACUUCCACGCUUAAACCCUUCUUUAUCUGUGCACUACCCACCUACAAAUUGCUGACUCUUGGAGACUUUCAGGAACCAUGCCCUUCUACCAGGAGUAACAUUACACAAUUGCAGGAGUAAAUCUUUCCAGAAUAUGACCCCAUCUAGUCACUACUGUUGCUUCUUACAUACUAAAAUAUGCUUUACUAUUCAAAACAUGGUAUGUUAACCCUUUGGAUCUCUAUUACACACUGACAACUGUGAUGUGCAAUUUGGUUAUUAAUGUAACCUCUCUCUAGCAGUAUUAUAAGAAGGCAUGUGAUCUCACUGCUAUUGUAAGUGGCUUUUAGUAGGAUACCAGCUGAAAACGUUUACAAUAAAGUUCUUGGUUAAGCUCA